UCAAAUCAGCCCUUUUUGUGGCAAAGUGAUAAAGCAGUGGUCAAUCUGGACUUCAUGUCAUGGUCGGGAGGCGUAGGUAAUGGAAACUGUCUGGUCGCCUUUUACACCGCCGAACGUGUCGGAUUACAGUGGAAGACGGUCGCUGUCGUGGAAGAAGAUGCGUGCAAUAGUGAUCAUGCUGUCAUUUGCGAGCACAAAGUGAAAGACUGCGAAGAUCCACCUGGUGGUUUCAAUUCCAACACAAUGCAGUUCAGUCCUACAAGACCGCACCCGGGCACGACCACAACGGUAGUUUGCAAACCCGGGUUUUAUUCGCGACCGGCUGAGAAAUCGUCUAAAACAGCACACCCGCAUGCUGACGAUAAGCUAUUGAUUGCGGAGUUCAGAUGCAUCGGCCAACGAGCCAGCCCAGGAGUCGCUGAUCCCUUACAAUACAAAGCUAACUUCAACUACAACGGUUUACCUCUGAAUGAGUGCGAUGGUAAGCAGCUAUUUAAGUUCGACUACAUCGGGCUACCGGGUCGGCGUGUGAAGUGA